AUGUCGUUCAAUAUCCGCACCUCACUGGCCUCGACCGACGCGGGGUCAACGUGCAGCAGCUGGGAUGGUAUUCGCAAAGACAAUGUCAUCAGCAACAUCGAGACUGUGGCGGCCGAUUUUGUUGGCACACAAGAAACUUCGGACGCCCAAAAGGCGUACUUGGACGCACAAUUAGCAGGAACGUACUCGGUCAUCGGAGAGAGUACGGGCUCGCUCAACGGCAACGCGAACGAAUGGAACGCUUUGUACUACCGCUCAGAUACUUGGUCUCUGCUUAAGAACGGCAUGUUCUGGCUCGGACCGGACCCGGCCACCAUGUCGGCCGCGUGGGGCAUGACUUACUACCGCACGUGCGUCUGGGGCCGUUUCCAGCACAUCAAGACAGGAGCGUCAAUCUGCGUUCUCAACACGCACUACGAGACUCCAGGCAACGACGAGGCUCAAGAGAAUGGCUCAAAGAUCAUCCUCGAGCAAAUCAAGACCAUCUGCGACGCUGACGACAACCUGAUCGUGCUAGUGGGAGAUUUCAACGCCCUCAAAAGCUACUCAGCCAUGCAAAUUCUGUUUGAAAACAACAUGGAAGACCCCUCGGACGAAACUACGUUCUGCGGUGAUAUGUUGUCAGCGACGUGUUCGGUCAAGUACGACUUCACGCUGUUCCGCGCACAGAGCGACGAUGCUUGUCACCUCAAGUCGGAGAUCUCGCGUAUUGAUUACGAUGGUUGCUACUCGUCUGACCACGCCGGACUUAUCGGCAGCUUCUGUCUCCAAGGCUCUUGCUGUUCGAAUAGCUCGUCAGGGUCAGGAUCGGCCGACUCGUAUGUGCAACAAGGUAGCAUCGCCGGUGAGAGUGAUAUACUCGGCACAGUACAGGCCAGUGAUAUCUCGGGGCCUGGCAACAGUGAGACGGAAGCGAGAUCCAAGACAGAUUUUACGAGCUCUGCUUCGGGGGCGGCUCAAUCGAUCUCCACCUCAUCAGGAGGAGGUGGUGGUGCCUCGACUACGGUUGGUAUUAUCCUAGGAUCAUGUGGUGUCUGCGGCCUCGUCGCUCUCGUGGUCGUUAGACGAAAGAAAACUCUCGAACAGAGGGCGCAUUUCGAGAAAAGUUACGACCCCGACGCUAGUGGCUAUUUCCCCGGCUCGACAGCAGCAAGGGCUGUAUCCGAUAUGUCGGCAUUAUCUCCUCUUCCCGAGGUGGACGAAGAGCGGGUCUCCAGCUCGCCCAUUCCGGAGCUUGUGGCUGUACCUCGAGACACUCGCAUCUCGACAACUUCCUCAAUUUCAGUCUCUGACUCGGAAGUUGCACGACAUGAUGACCGAAGCUCCGAGCUCCCUCGUGCCAGUAGUGACCACAGCAACAGCCCCAGUCGACGAUCGUCCACUGCAGUCAUGGCUCAGGGUAUGUCGGAAUUCUCCGCUGCGUACAGCAACUCCGUCCUUGAUAAUGAGGACGACUACAACACUUCUGUUAUUAGUUAUGGCAACUCGUCUAUCUCGAGUUACGGCUACGCUGAGUCGUACGGCAACUCGUCUAUUGCUAUGAGCAAGGUUAACUUCAGCGAGAUCUUCUCGCGCGACUCGGACAUGAGCGAGAUCUCCAAGUCCCAAGCAGAUUUCGCGAAACUUUAA